UAUUGUAUGGUUUAUUUUCAGGAAUCCAGUGUCAACGAGUCAACAUUAUUAGCUAGCUACAAAGUCGCAUAUCGAGUUGCUAAAGCAGAGAAACCACAUACAAUUGCCGAAAAUCUUAUUUUGCCAGCGGCACUCGAUAUGGUUGAAAUUAUGGUCAGUGAGCAGGAGGCAAACAAAUUAAGAAAAAUACCACUUUCUGACAAUACUAUUUCACGCAGAAUAAACGAUAUGGCCAAGGAUAUUCAAGAACAAGUAGUCGAAAAAUUAAAGAAUAGCCAACAUUUUGCUUUGCAGUUCGAUGAAUCUACAGAUGUUUCCGACUGUGCACAGUUUGUAGUAUUUGUGCGCUUUGAAGCAGAUGACAGUAUUACGGAAAAAAUCUUAUUUUGCAAAGCACUUCCUGCAAACACUACUGACCAGUUGUACGAUACGUUUUUAGAAAGCACUUGCGACUACGAUAUUGAUUGGAAAAAAUGUAUCGCUAUUUGUAGCGAUGGCGCUAAAGCUUUAGCUGGCAAAAAUAGCGGACUCAUUGCAAAAUUAAAAUCGAUAAUACCAAACAUAUCCUGGACACACUGUUUUCUUCAUCGACAGGCUCUAGCUGCUAAGGUAGUACCUUCUGAUUUAAAUGACGUGCUCAAGGAGGUAAUAAAAAUUGUGAAUUCUAUCAAAGGUAAAGCUUUGCAAACCCGGCUAUUCAGGUUCGUUUAUGAAGAUAUGGGCUCGCUUCAUCGAAAUCUCCUUUAUCACACAGAGGUCAGGUGGCUAUCCAAAGGAAAGGUAUUGACAAGAGUUCCGGAACUGACUGCUGAAUUGUUAAUGUUCUUACAAGAUGCAAAAUCAGCAUUUGGCUCUUGAAAUUACCAUUUUUGGCAGAUCUUUUUAGCCACCUUAACAAUUUGAACAAGAACCUUCAAGGAAGAGAA